GAAUGAAAUGACAGAAAUGAAACGGCACUUAAUAAAUCGAUCAGGGCUUUCAUUGACUUAUAGGCAAAGUUAUUGUUUGGUGAGUUCAACCCCACCUCUGUUCUGAAAUUCCUUGCCGCGUCGGGGUGUGUUUGUAUGAAAGCCCAGCCCCGCAGUCCGCCUACUCUACUCCCCCGCCUGCCACCGUCUCUCUCUCUCGGUCCGCCUGCAGCAUUCGACAUCCCAGCGAGGAUUUUUCACUACAGAGAUGGCUGCGAAAGUGUGUAGAACAGUGCUCCUCUUGACCAGGAGCAGCGGCGCUGUGGUCACCGGGCUCCCAGCACUUGCUAUCUCAUCACAGCGGCACCACCAGCAUAUAAGAUCGGACCAGCCUGUCAGGAGAGCACAUGGCCUGCGGUCAGCCUCCCGCUCUGCACUGUUCACCCAGCCUCCCACCAGCCUCUCAACCGCCCUCUCAACCCAGGGAUGGAGGGGUGCCCCCGCAUGGCAGGGCCAGAGACUACUGAGUUCCUCCACCGCUCCAGAAGAGGUGACGGUGGUGUACCAGAAUGGACUGCCGGUGAUCUCGGUCAGUUUGCCGUCCCGUAGGGAGCGAUGCCAGUUCACUCUGAAGCCACUCAGUGACUGUGUUGGGGUGUUCCUCACACAGCUGCAGACAGAGGACAGGGGUAUCGACCGUGUGGCCAUCUACUCUACAGAUAUGGGGCGGGUAGCCUCUUCUACAGGGAUAGACAUCCUGCUGUUGGAUGACUUCAACCUGGUCAUCAAUGACGUUACGUACCUGGUUCGACCGCCACGGAGAGAUCUCCUAGCCAAUGACGAGGCAGAGCGUCUGAACGACGUUAAGUUCCUGGUUCAGCAGCUCUACACCACCAUGCGUAUAGAAGAGCAUCAGCUUAGUAAAGAGAAGGAACUGGUGGUCAGACUAGAGGACCUCAACUCACAGCUACGUCCUCUAGAGAAGGUGAGGGAGGAGCUGAGUCGUAAGGCGGAGCGUCGUACCACCUGGGUGCUGUGGGGGGGCAUGGCCUACAUGGCAACACAGUUUGGGAUCCUGGCGCGUCUCACCUGGUGGGAGUACUCCUGGGACAUCAUGGAGCCUGUCACCUACUUCAUUACCUACGCUACCGCCAUGGCUAUGUACUCCUACUACGUACUCACACGCCAGGAGUACAUCUACCCAGACGCCAGGGACAGACAGUACCUGCUGUUCUUCCACAAGGGGGUGAAGAGACAACGCUUUGACAUCUACAAGUACAACGAGCUGAAGGACUCUAUCGCUGAGGUGGAGUUAGAUCUGAAACGCCUGAGGGACCCCCUCCAGCUCCAACUCCCUGUCCAGCAACUCACCGCCGCCAGCAAAGAUUGAUGGGAAGAGUGAUGUCCUCCUCUGCUUUCUUCAUCUCUCCCUCCACUCCUCCAUCCCUCCUUUCCUUACCCUCCUCCACUCCUCCAUCCCUCCUUUCCUUACCCUCCUCCGCUCCUCCAUCCCUCCUUUCCUUGCCCUCCUCCCCUUCCCCUCCUCCAUCCCUCCUUUCCUUGCCCUCCUCCCCUUACCCUCCCCUCCUCCAUCCCUCCUUUCCUUACCCUCCUCCGCUCCUCCUUCCCUCCUUUCCUUGCCCUCCUCCCCUUACCCUCCUCCAUCCCUCCUUUCCUUGCCCUCCUCCCCUUACCCUCCCCUCCUCCAUCCCUCCUUUCCUUACCCUCCUCCGCUCCUCCUUCCCUCCUUUCCUUGCCCUCCUCCCCUUAUCCUCCUCCCCUCCUCCAUCCCUCAUUUCCUUGCCCUCCUCCCCUUACCCUCCUCCACUCCUCCAUCCCUCCUUUCCUUACCCUCCUCCGCUCCUCCAUCCCUCCUUUCCUUGCCCUCCUUCCCUUACCCUCCUCCCCUCCUCCUCCAUCCCUCCUUUCCUUGCCCUCCUCCCCUUACCCUCCUCCCCUUACCCUCCUCCCCUCCUCCAUCCCUCCUUUCCUUACCCUCCUCCGCUCCUCCUUCCCUCCUUUCCUUGCCCUCCUCCCCUUACCCUCCUCCAUCCCUCCUUUCCUUACCCUCCUCCGCUCCUCCAUCCCUCCUUUCCUUGCCCUCCUCCCCUUACCCUCCAUCCCUCCUUUCCUUGCCCUCCUCCCCUUACCCUCCAUCCCUCCUUUCCUUGCCCUCCUCCCCUUACCCUCCUCCACCCCUCCUUUCCUUGCCCUCCUCCCCUUACCCUCCUCCAUCCCUCCUUUCCUUACCCUCCUCCGCUCCUCCUUUCCUCCUUUCCUUGCCCUCCUCCCCUUACCCUCCUCCCCUCCUCCAUCCCUCAUUUCCUUGCCCUCCUCCCCUUACCCUCCUCCCCUCCUCCAUCCCUCAUUUCCUUGCCCUCCUCCCCUUACCCUCCUCCCCUCCUCCAUCCCUCCUUUCCUUAUCCUCCUCCCUCCCUCCUUUCCUUACCCCCCUCCUCUCUCUCCAUCCGUCCACCUUUACUCCUCUUUGUUAACAAACCCUUGCCUUUAGCGACCGACCGCGGGAGUUUUUCUUUAUUUUUUUUACAUUUUCUCAUUUUUUAAUUUCUCUGACUUGAAUAACUCAAAUGAUAAAGUAAACCCAUCUGUAGAGGAGGUUUAGAAAGAACAGAAACUGAAUCAAAUUGUGUCUGGGGGUGGAGAUUAUGAUGAAACUGGGUGCUAUGGAUAUGCAACAGGACUUCAGCACAGCCUGCAGGAAGCUCUAGGGGACGUACAGGAAGUGACACGCUGCAGUGUGAGGAGUUACAGCGGAGGUGUAGGGGACGGCGGCAGACAAAUGGACACGUCUAUAAGUGUGUGUGGUGAUAUCCCGGGACUCCAACCCCAAGCCACUUAACAGUUGCUAUAUCUAUGUGUUAGCUAGGCCCACAGUGCAGCAUUCAAACACACACACACCACUCCUGUGGGGCCUCGGGACGUCUGUGUCCUACGAAUAUCCUCUAGCUGGGAACCUCUUGCUCCACCCCCUGACCUUUAACCUCAGCCCUCUGACCUCUGCAUGCACGGAGGACAUGGCUGUGAUUGGACAAGGGUUCCUGUGACCCUCUAGGUGACCGUGAACGUUGACCUUGGCCGACCCCUCUUGUCUCGUCUGAUUGGCUGUGGCCAACCCUGCCCCGCCUGUAACCAGUUCCCGCCCUCUCUGCCUGACGGACAGCUACCCACAGAGCAUAUUGCUAUGAUGACAAGGACCUUUUAUCAGGCGCCUUUCAGAUUGUCACAGCCUUCACAGGAAGUGGAUAGACGGAGUUGAGGUCAGGUGACCACACCUCACUUCCUAUUCCUGUUGUUGACUUCCUAUCGACUUCCUGUUUCCUGUAACAUGCUGCGCCGGGAUUGGAGGAUGGUACUUCCGAUAACAACAUCACUGUGUGUUCCAGUAUUCCCAGAUGUUUUAUUUUAGAAGCUAUAUUUGUUAUGAGAAACAAUAUACUAAUAAUAUACAAUCAAUCCCAAUGAAGAUAGAGGUUUAGAUCAUUCAGUGGGGGGAGGAGCUCUCUCUUUAACAUCUCAGUAAUAUAGUUGAUAUACCAUAUCUGUAUCUCUUCAGUAAUGUCUCAACCAUACAGGACCCCCGUAUCAAUAGGUUUUCCCCACUUCUUCUCUCACACACUGUUCUCAUUGUACUACCAGCAAUAUAACCCACCAAGGCUUCAUAGACAAACAUCCAUCAUCCACAAACAAGAGUUCUGAGAAGGAUUUCUGGCCGAGAGAUUCCGCGUGCCACUCACAUAUCCUACAAUUCCUUCCAUCUACACUAUAACUCAUAUCAGCCAAGAGAACAUUGUAGAACCCUCACAAACAGCGACGAUGUACCCCUGUAGAACCCUCACAAACAGCAACGAUGUACCCCUGUAGAACCCUCACAAACAGCUGUGAUGUACCCCCGUAGAACCCUCACAAACAGCUGUGAUGUACCCCCGUAGAACCCUCACAAACAGCUGU